AUGCCACGCAUGAACCUCGGCCUUCCGUACAAUCACUGCAGCCACUCGCCCUGCCCGGCUGGCUUCCAAAGCCCCAACCUUCUCCGCUGCGGAGCUUGUCAAACCGUCAAGUACUGCGGCAAACCGCAUCAAAAGACAGACCGGCCAAGGCACAAGGUCCAAUGCGUUCCUAUCAAGCAGACCAAGGACAAACUCACUGAGGAAGAGGCCAAGCUACGUGCCAAUCCCGGCGACGACACCGAUGGCAACCCUUUCGACAAUAUUGUAGGCCUUUUCUGGUUCUUCAAGAGUACCCGUCCCUACAUGCAAGCUCGCCACGACUAUAUCAGUGCUAUUCUAAACGUCCGCACCGGAGAAGCCGUCGAGAUUGCCCUCACAGAAUCUCUUGAAAUGCUCCGUCUCUGCCGAGGCGACAACCUUGGCGUCCGCUCACAAGUUCCUGCGCUGUAUCUCCGACUCGGAAGAGAUCAACAGGCCUACGAUUUCAUUAAGUGGUAUGCGGUCAAAGGUGGCUCCGCUUAUGACUGGCGCGACAUGAGCUUGCCGUACCUUGAUCUAGAGGGAGAAGAUGCAUUUGAGGCUGUUAUCGAGAAACCUUUAUACUACGACGUUUCCUUCAAAAUGGCCCUGACGCUUAUCAAGAUCCGUCUGAUGAAGGAUCUAGAAUCGCUGCAGGGGCUUUUGCAAAAGAAACCCAACGCGACGGGGGAAGAGAGAUAUGAUUAUUUGCAGGAGGAGGCUAUGAGCGAUAUCCUUCUACAGCGGGCGGAUAUCGUAGCGCGAGACGACUACAAGGACUUGAUCGCUGAGCUGAAACGUCAGGUACUGCAGUUGUACAAGAUGGUUAAAGAGGAUAACAAACAUAUCUGGCCGGGCAUUGAGAAUCCGAACCUGUAUGCGUAUGAUGUGCCGAGAAUCUAUUCUCCGGGUUCGCGGGAGGAGGCAGUGCUUAUCUUUCGCCAGUCGUGGUACUCCUGGUCAGAGACGGAGCCGGCGAUACGGUAUAUCCGGGGGAUUAUUAGGGAUGAUAGGUAA